AUGGUCAACCACCCUACCGGACCAGCAUGGAAUGACGAGUCCAUCCAAGCAAAGAUCAAGGUUCGGCUGUGGAGGUCUUAUGGUGUGUUUGAGACAACCGUCAAAGACAUGGAAGAGGCUACUGCGGAUUUGAAGCAACGGCUUGGUUUUCAAUCUCAAAGCGAGAUAAGUCAGAAAAACGAUACACUCUUCAGCAGAGGUCUCAAACGUGUUGCUUUUGUGCUAAAGAGAUCGGAUUACGAAGAACAGUUAACGACGAUCAAGAACGGCAUCACCAGCCUCGAAUCUCUAAUCGACCGAAACGUCAAGAUGGAGCCAGAUAGGAGACUGCGAUCUCAAGGGCGGCUCAUAACGCUGAUUCGCGAGAUCUCCGGUAGCUUAUACCGUGCCAUGAAAUCCAGCUUUCAGUGCAGCUGUGCUCACGAUGUCCAUCUGGGCCUGACAUCUCAUACAACCGCUAUUGCACAGGACGACGGGGACGAGGACAUCAUCCAGAAGAUUGCCUUCCAGUUUGCGUUGACUUUCAAGUCUGAGAGAAAGACCCAAGGCAGUGGAAAGUCAAACAUGCAGCUGUCCUGGGAGAAAGUACGGGUUCAGGCACUUCCGCAAGUGGCUGACCACAACGUCACACCGACUGAAAGGCAUUUCAAAAGCCGCAAAACUGGAAGAGAUGGCAGCAAGGUUGUCGGUUCUGCCUUGCCUUCGUUCCAAGAAGCUGUGCCUCCAACUGCAGCAAGUAAUAGGACAAGCCGCUUCGGUCAGACUUCGACGAUGGUCGUUCAAGAAUCCCUCUCGGCACUCAGUGUUGGGCACUCGAGUACAAAUCCCAACAAUCUCAUCAACAUGUGCGAGGUUAUUCGUAAAGGCCAGAAACAGAUCUGUUUCGACUGUUUCGGAAUGAUCAAUGACCGUACUGCGACAACAUAUCGAGAGUUCGGGGUCUACCCUGUAUUAAGCAACGAGUACGGGCAAUGGUCGACAGUAUCGCUGAGGGAAAUCCUCGAGCAGCCUCUGGACUACCCUCACUUGUCUUUUACAGCGAAGCUGCAGCUGGCCGUUGUGGUUUCUUCAAGCUUCUUGAAACUUCAGCAAACUCCCUGGCUCCCAGAGAUCUUGACAAGCCGUCAUAUCCUGUUUCUUAAAAACGACAACCAGCUGAGUUAUGAGAACGCAUUCAUCAUGAAGCGGCUUCCUGAGAACCCCCAGGAGGAUGAGGACAAUAUGAAUUCAACAAGUAUCAGUCGCAGUCCCGCUCUUCUUGCACUGGGGCUCUUGUUGCUGGAGCUCAUUCUUGGAUGUACGGUCGAAGCCCUCCGCAUCCCCCAGGAUGAAACCCCAGGCGGCGCUGCGGGCCUCAUGCCUGGUUACAUAACAGCCCAGAGAGUGCUCCGGCAACAAACCAUAGGCAGCAUGAACUAUUCGAGCGCUGUGCAAAGAUGUAUAUGUGGAGAGUUUGCGCGGCCAACGCUUGAUUUGAAUGAUGACGGCUUUCGGCAGGAGAUCUACGAGAAAGUUGUUGUGCUACUGGAGACCGAUUUGAGAAGUGCGACGUGGUCUUGA